CUCUCUUUAUAAAACAAACAGCGAAGCCUAACUGAUACACCCAAAAGGCUCCCCCAAUAAAUCCUCCCCCAAAUUCCGCCAUUGACGACAAGAACCCAAUCGACAAGAAGCAAGAAGAAGAGAAAAAAAGAUGAAGACUCUAGCGAUGUGCGAGACGCUAAAGAACAAGUACCAGGUGUGCGAAGAGAUCGGCCGGGGCCGAUUCGGCGUGAUCUCCCGGUGCUUCUCUCCGACGAAGAACUCCUUCUUCGCCUGCAAGACCAUCGACAAAUCCCUCCUUGCCGACCAAGCCGACCGCGACUGCCUCGAGAAGGAGCCCAAAAUCAUGCUCUUCCUUCCGCCGCACCCAAACAUCCUCCAGAUCCACGACGCCUUCGACUCCGACGACUCCCUCACCUUGAUUCUCGACCUCUGCGAGCCCUACACCCUCUACGACAAGGUAAUCAAGAGCAAUGGCGGCCUCCCGGAGCCCAAAUCGGCCGGAAUCAUGCGCCAGCUGCUCGAGGCCGUCGCCCACUGCCACCGAUUCGGCGUCGUCCACCGGGACAUCAAGCCCGACAACGUCCUCUUCGAUUCCAGGAACCGGGUCAAGUUGGGCGACUUCGGGUCGGCCGACUGGGUCGUGGACAGCGGGUCGCUGAGCGGGGUUUUCGGGACGCCCUACUACGUGGCGCCCGAGGUCCUGAUGGGGAGGGACUACGGCGACAAGGUCGAUGUGUGGAGCGCCGGCGUCGUUUUGUACGUGAUGCUCUCCGGGAUCCCGCCGUUUUACGGGGAGACGGUGGAGGAGAUCUUCGAGGCGGUGAUCCGGGGGAACCUCAGGUUCCCGCCCAAGGUGUUUCGAAACGUUUCGUCGCAGGCCAAGGACUUCCUCCGCAAGUUGAUCUCUCGAGACCCUUCCCGAAGAUUCUCCGCCGAACAAGCCCUCCGUGGCAUCCAUGGAUUGUGAACGGCGGGGAAGCCAUAUGAGGAGGAAGCGAAAUGACUACUGAGGAGUUGUGGAAGAAAGGAGAACAGAGUGCUCUGCUGUCCCUCUGGAUAGCUUAUCGCACAUUUGUGAAUAUAAGCAGCCGAAAAGCUUUCAACCUGGUUAUCGGAGAACCCACCAAACCCGAAAAGAAAAAAAGAUCCCAACUUUUUUUUUUUUUUUUGCCCUUUUCCGUGCACAGAGACCGAGAGCAGGAUUUCAUGAAGAUGGAAGACGGAGGGAGCAGGUGGACAACAAAAAUGGGGGAAACAGAGUCACAUGGCAGCCCUACUCUGUUUCUCAAAGGAAAAAAAAGAAUGGAGUGAUGAUGUGUAGAGACUGUAACGUAGAAGUAGAGUGUAGUAGAAGAGUGUUUUGUAGAUCCGAUCCCGUAUAUCCUUGUUUGUCACCGCUUUUGCUUUCGGGUUGUUUUUAAAACCCGGUUCUGUAGUAACUUUUCAGUAGCAGAGGAAGUGAGAAUCAAUGGAAAAAAGCUCUAUACUUUGUAGAUUUUACUCUGUUAAAGCUAUUAUAUAGAUUGUUUUACAUUAACUUCAUC